UUUAUUAUUUUCUUUUUAAAUCUCUGAAGUAACAUCUCCCAAAACCAUAUGGACGACUUCUUGUUUCACCCAAGAAGAUGUGUGAAGUGACGUUUUACUUUAAAUAUGCUUCGCUCAGGGUUUUCCAGUUUGCUUUUACACUUGUGUGUUUAAUAUUUCCCCUUGCUGCUGAUGUUUACACUGAACAUUUGUUUUCAUUUUCAGCUUAUUGUGUUCAGCACAGUCUUAUCUCACUGGGCGGAAGUCAAAUAAUGUGUUAUUGAUUACACUGCUUCAUAUCAUAGUCUAUUAGUUCCUACCAAUUAGCUUGUCAUCUUGUUGGUAAGAUUAUUACCGUCGGUGCACUGCAGUGAUUGUUGGUUAUCCAGGGAUAUUCAAGCAUUGAUGCAGGUGCACACAAUAGUUUUGAGAAUCUCUAGAAAUGUUUCCUUAUUCAAUCUCCUCUCUCCUUACACCAAUCUGUUCCACAAGGUAUUAUUCGACUUUGCUGUUAUUUUUUAAUCCCUAUAUCCUUACCCUAACUAUUUAACAGCUAGACUCUGAGACAGUUUCUGCACCAGCGAUGUUCUCUUGUUCUCACCAUCUCAUGUUCCUCCUCUGGAACAUCUUCCCUGGUUUCCAACAAUCACUGAUUUGAGGACUGGAGCUGAUUGUUUUAUUUGGAUCAUCCUAUUUAGCUGCUGCUGCUGCUGUGGAGCAGCCUUUGUUGAAUUUGCAUAGCUCCUUUCCAAAAGACAUUCUGUGGCAAUGGCCACAGGUACCAUGUUUAGUUAAGUAUGCACAAUGGAAGGAAAAAACGUUUCCUUUUGGUUUAAAUCUGAAUGUUUCAUUGGAUGCCUUUAGCUGCUGCACUGUGAGAUGUGGUGAACAAUAUACUCAUGUUCUCUGUCUUUUCCUUAUUUCCUACGCUUCUCUCACCCUCUUUUUAUCCUAGGCAUCUCUUCCUGAGACAAGGAGUCAUGUAUUUGAUCACUCCUUGGUGGAAUCCAUUCCUUACCUCUGCCCAUCCCUUUUCCCUUUCCAUUUUUCUCCUGUAGGAAGUCUGGUGCUGUGUGGGUACACCAUAGAUUAAUAUGGUGAUGCUGCAGUGUUUGCUGCUUCAUUCCUACUGUUUUCCUAAUACCUUCUCAAACCGUGUGUACAAGCUCAGGUUUUGCUGCUGCUUUGCAGGCCUUAUACAAGAACACUGAACCCAGCAGCAUGAUUUUUUUUGUUUUCUUUUGCCCCAGAUAUUUAUCCACAGAUGUAAUAAAAUUUUUUUAAAACCUGUUCUCACUUAAAUCCAGCUGUAACACAUCUACCAUCACCACCAUCCUAUUCUGUUUGCCUUUUUCAUGGCCUCAAAGCACAGAACUACCUGCACUAAUGCCAAGAUCUCCUAUCCAAGUGGUCACAGCUAAUUUUGCAGCCCAGUGUUGGCUGUGCACAACUGGGGCUGUUUUUCUCCCUGUUGUGUGAUUUUGCCCACACUCCCAUUGCAGCUUUUGGAGUGGUGCUCUGGGACGGGGCAGUGCUGCUCCUGGGAAAGACCGGUGGCAAAGAUCCCUGUGUGUGAGGGAAGAGAGCUUGCAACCUGCCAACUUUCUGAAUGAGGCUGUUUUGCACCCUUAGUAAGAAGCAGCAGAGAGUUUAGCAGGGUUUAGUUCCAGCUCAGAGCUCUGCUGCCAACCACUGCUCGUGGCCACGGCACAGCCCAGAUGCCCCCCUGGGAACUAGGGUUCGGUCUGCGGGGCAGCAUCUUGCCCUAUGCCCAAGGAGAGACCCCAUGAUAGGAAUUCAAUAUGAAUUCAUAUUGAAUCUCUUACCUCUUCCCAGCAGGUCUUGGGGUUUCAGCUGCAGAGGCACCUGUGUGUGGUGGUCUCCCCUCUCUCCCAUGCUUCCAGGGACAGUGUUGGGCAGGGUAAGGAUGGAAAGCGGGAGCCAAGCGCUCCCAGACCAGGCGGGAGAGCAGGGGCAGAGGCAGUGUGAGCCCUUCUGGCAGGCAGGGGGAACGAGCCCCUUUGCACUGGCCAUGAAAUCAGUCAUGUGUAGGUUUUUGUCCAGCCCUGGGGGGUGGGGGAAGGAAUGUGGGUUGGGCGAAGUCUAGGAUUACACCACUGCUGAAUUUUUCCUUUCCACACUUUAAAUAGCCAGCACCUUUCGGUCCUGCCUUCGCGUCUCCCGUCGGCUGCGCCCCGACAGCGACGUCCACAAGGUGGGAUGGAUUACAGAGUCCCUGGCACUGUCAGCAAUGGCGAAACGGUGCCUGCACAACCUGACAUGGAAAAGGAGAAGGAGGAGGAGGAGGAUGACCAGACCCUGGAGCGAGGGCAGUGGAACAAUAAGCUGGAGUACGUCCUGUCUGUGGCUGGGGAGAUCAUCGGCCUGGGAAACGUCUGGCGCUUCCCCUACCUCUGCUACAAGAAUGGUGGAGGUGCCUUCUUCAUCCCCUACCUCAUCUUCCUCUUCACCUGCGGGAUCCCCGUCUUCUUCCUGGAGACAGCACUGGGGCAGUACACCAGCCAGGGAGGGGUGACGGCCUGGCGCAGGAUCUGCCCCCUUUUCGAAGGAAUUGGCUACGCUUCCCAGGUCAUCGUCAUCCUCCUGAACUUCUACUACAUCAUUGUCCUGGCCUGGGCCUUGUUUUAUCUCUUCAGUUCGUUCACCAUCGACCUCCCCUGGGGCAGCUGUGACCAUGAGUGGAACACGGGGAACUGCAUGGAGCUCCAGAAGGCAAACUCAACGCUUAACGUGACCAGUGAAAAUGCCACCUCCCCUGUCAUCGAGUUCUGGGAGAGGAGAGUGCUAAAGAUUUCCGAUGGCAUCCAGCACCUGGGCAGCCUGCGCUGGGAGCUGGCUCUGUGUCUCCUGCUGGCGUGGAUCAUCUGCUACUUCUGCAUCUGGAAAGGUGUCAAGUCCACAGGCAAGGUGGUGUAUUUCACGGCCACGUUCCCAUACCUCAUGCUGUUUGUUCUGCUGAUCAGGGGAGUCUCCCUGCCUGGAGCGUUCCAGGGAAUCCUCUUUUACCUUUAUCCAGACCUCAGUCGCCUUGGGGACCCCCAGGUCUGGAUGGAUGCAGGCACUCAAAUCUUCUUUUCGUAUGCAAUUUGUCUGGGAUGCCUGACAGCUCUGGGCAGCUAUAACAAAUACCAUAACAACUGCUACAGGGACUGCGUGGCCCUUUGCUUCCUCAACAGCGGCACCAGCUUCGUGGCCGGCUUUGCUAUCUUCUCCAUCCUGGGCUUCAUGGCGGGGGAGCAGGGUGUGCCCAUCGCCGAGGUGGCUGAGUCGGGGCCUGGCCUGGCAUUCAUCGCCUACCCUCGGGCUGUGGUCAUGCUGCCCUUCUCCCCGCUCUGGGCAUGCUUCUUCUUCCUGAUGGUUGUUUUGCUGGGACUGGACAGCCAGUUUGUCUGUGUGGAGAGCCUCGUCACAGCUCUCGUGGACAUGUACCCCACCAUCUUCCGCAAGAAGAACCGCCGGGAGACCCUCAUCCUGAUGGUCUCCAUCCUCUCCUAUCUGGUUGGGUUGGUGAUGCUCACAGAGGGUGGGAUGUAUGUCUUCCAGCUCUUUGAUUACUAUGCUGCCAGUGGCAUGUGCCUGCUCUUUGUGGCCAUCUUCGAGACUCUCUGCGUCGCCUGGGUCUAUGGUGCCGAGCGUUUCUACGAUAACAUUGAGGAUAUGAUCGGCUACCGGCCAUGGUCCGUCAUCAAGUACUGCUGGCUUUUCAUCACCCCAGCAGUCUGCACGGCAACCUUUCUGUUUUCUCUGAUCAAAUACACCCCACUGACUUACAACAAGAAGUACGUGUACCCGUGGUGGGGAGACACCCUGGGCUGGCUGUUGGCCCUCUCCUCCAUGGUUUGCAUCCCUCUCUGGAUAGCCUACAAACUCUCCACCAUCAAAGGCUCCCUCAGAGAGAGACUCCGCCAACUCACCUGCCCACUUGAAGACUUGUCUUCCAGGUCAGGCAUGGGACAGCCCCUUCCCUCCACCAGAGCUGACCUCCUGAUGCUGACAGAGCUCGAAUCUCAGUGCUAGGACCAGUGUGGCUCUCCCUCUCUCCCCCCAGGAUGGUUUCUAUACAGCCUUUACCACCUGCUGGAUAACGCAAGGAUUCCUCGCUUGCCAAGGAGAGAGGGAUUUCUGGGCUGAGAUCCCUCCUCUGGAAGAUUCAAAGGGCUGAGGAAGAGGCUGCCAUGGAGAUGGUCUGUGUGGAGUUAGCAAUGCACCUUAAUCCUCUCUCUGGAGAGGGCUCUGAAGGAGCAGAUCAAGCACUGGUGUUCCUGAGCAUUCACAGCCUUCUGGUGGGCAGAAAAGAAGGACUGAUCCUGGAGUGGAGAGUGUCAAAGAGUCUCAGAGGUGCUGCCCCAGUGUGGACUUUGGGAGCUCCUCCAUUCAUUCCAUUAAAUCCUUGUUUUUCCUCUCUA